AUGUUAAACUUCCUAUUAUUUCUCUAUAUAUUUGAAAUUUGUCAAUGUUUACAACGUCCAAUUGUUAUUGCACAUCGUGGUACAGCAUAUUUACCUGAACUUACAUUAGCUUCUCAAUCGAUGGCUCAUGCUUAUGGUGCUGAUAUUAUCGAAAUUGAUGUAUGUCUUAGUCGAGAUAAUCAAUUAAUUGUCAUUCAUGAUAUCUAUCUAGAUGGAGUAACUAAUGUUAGUGGUAUUUUUCCCAAUCGAAAUCGUUCAGAUGUUCUUAAUUAUGUUAUUGAUUUUGAUCUUUAUGAAUUGCUACGUUUUUAUCUUUCAACACUUAAUGAAACAAUUGAAUUAUUAUUUGGUCUUAAUCGUGCAACAGGUCGACAACGUCAAUUACUUAUUGAAAUAUAA